UCUCCAUUUAGUUUAACUUUUUUCAGUUGAUCAGACAUAAAAAAACGUCCCAUCCUAUUUCGCGCUUCUGGACAGUCUGGUUUCAGAGUAACCAUUUCUCACCCUUCGCUCUCUAUAAGUUUUCCCUCUGUACAACCCUCUGAUGCUUUCUCUAUAGAACUCUGUAGUCAAUCACUCCAUCUUCUCUUCACAAUAGAAAUGAUGGUCUUAGGGAGGAAAGCUGAUGGAAGUUCACCUUUUACUGCAAGCCUAUCGAAUAGUUCCAUAAGCGCUAGAAACUUGAGGAAGGGUCACCUUGGUGGAGUCAUAUUUGGCUGCAAGAACAGCACCAUAAAAGAAUGUCUUUUUAAACAACUCUUUGGUUUACCAGCUCAACAUUUUUUAUAUGUAAAGAAUGUUGAUCCUGGUUUGCCACUGUUUCUAUUCAACUACAGUGAUAGGAAAUUGCAUGGAAUAUUUGAAGCUGCUAGUCCUGGUCAAAUGAACAUCAAUCCAUAUGGAUGGACAACAGAUGGUGCGGAGAGAACACUCUAUCCUGCACAGGUUCAGAUCCGUGUCCGGCUACAAUGCCAACCACUACCUGAAGAGCAAUUUAGACCAAUUAUUGCAGAUAACUACUACAGUCAGAGCCAUUUCUGGUUUGAGCUGGACCAUGCUCAAGCAAGUAAGUUGAUCUCCUUAUUAUCAUCUCGAGCAGUUGCUCCAAGUGCUUCUGUGCCACAAAAUUCUGCAGCAUGGAGGACUCUGUUCCGACCUCUGCCUCUAUGCAACAAGAAAGAGGAAGGUGAAGACUCUAAGCCACCUUCAAAGAUUGAUUCUGCUCAUUCUGAUCAGUUAGAUAGGAAAUUGGGUUCUUCAGAUGUUGCUCCAUGUUUAGAUGAAAGCAAUUUACCCCUUGAAGCUUCCUCAGAUAAACAGGUGGUGGAAAAUGAUGAGAAGGGCCUUAUACUUUUAAAACUUCAGGAAUUGGUUCUUAAUCGAGAAUAUAAGGACUCAUCUUCAUCGAGCUAUGUAGAAGAUUCUGCUGUUGUGAAUGAUUCACAUUUGGAUGACAAAGGUCUUGUAAAGGAACAAAUGGUUUUAGAAGACAGGAAUGAAGAUAGUCCGGUUUCUUCAUCUGAUUUUCACCCUGUCAUUGCACAGUUGAUCAGGGAAGAGCUAAAGGGUUUCAAAGCAGAAUAUAUUCAAAGGAUGAGUUACAUGGAGCAGAGGCUGGCUGAUGCAGAGAAAGAAAUUCAACAAUUAAAAGAGCAUUGUAUGAUGUUGGAAUCUAUAUGUAGUCCCUCCAUGUCACUAGUUGAUCAAACUGUGAAUGAGUCAUUUGAUGAAAUGAAUAUGGAUCCUGAUGAUUUGAUAUUCCUAGUGGGUGGAUGUGAUGGUGAAUCAUGGUUAUCAACUUUGGAUUCUUAUUCACCUUCUCAGGAUAUGAAGAAAUCUCUUAGUCCUAUGACUAUGCCUCGUUCUUAUGCCUCAGUUGCAGUGUUAAAUGGUGAGCUUUACAUAUUUGGUGGUGGAAAUGGUUCUGAGUGGUAUGACACAGUUGAAGCAUACAACCUUGUUAGUAACGAAUGGACUUUACGCGCUCCUUUGAAUAAGGAAAAAGGAAGCUUAGCUGGUGCCACUUUAAAUGGAAAAAUAUUUGCUCUUGGUGGUGGAAAUGGAAUUGAAUGCUUUUCAGAUGUUGAUAUGUUUGACUUAGAUGUUGGACGUUGGAUCCCUACACGGUCUAUGUUACAAAAGAGAUUUGCUCUUGGAGCAGCAGAGCUUAAUGGUGUGCUGUAUGCGGUUGGGGGAUAUGAUGGAAAAGAUUAUUUGAAUUCUGUUGAAAGACUUGACCCCAGAGAACAUUCUUGGACCAGAAUUGGAGGGAUGAAAACAAAGAGGGGUUCUCACACGGUGGUGGUUUUGAAUGAAAAGUUAUAUGCUAUGGGUGGUUUUGAUGGAAAUACAAUGGUUCCAAGUGUUGAAAUAUAUGAUCCUCGUGUUGAUUCAUGGAUGGAUGGGGACUCAAUGAACCAGUCAAGGGGAUAUUCAGCUGCUGCCGUUGUUAACAAGUCUAUUUAUGUAAUCGGAGGGGUGGAAGAUGGUGAAAAUGUUGUUGGCACUGUUGAACUUUAUGAGGAAGGUGAGGGUUGGCGAGUGAUAAAGCAGACAGCCAUUGGGAAAAGGUGUUUUGCCUCAGCCAUAGUUCCAUGAGGGAACAAUAUUUGAUAUGGUGGCAAAUGGGUAGAGGCUUCAUGUCGGGCAUUUUUUUGUGAAGUCAUGGGAUGGAAAGCUACCCAUGUUCUGCAAUUGAGUGGGAACAUGGGAGACUAAAAUCUUAAAUGGCUCUCACUUUUGCCAUUUUUGGUAAUCCUUGAAUCAGCCUUCCCCAUUACGUCGCAGCAAUGUAAAAGCAUUUUGAUUUUGGCCAUAAAGUAGUAUAGUUCUGUCA